GACGUGUGUGGAAUUAUCUUUAGAAAAUCAAGAAAGGAUGACCACACAAUGCAUCAAGAAUAAAUCCUAUCUAGGUUCUGAAGUAUUCAAUCAGCAUACAGCUGAAAAUGAAGACGAAAUUUUGCAAAUGUUUCCUCUCUUUAUUCCGAAUAAUAUCCAUGCUACUUAUUUCGGUUCAUUCACAAUCAUCAAACACAAACUUGACAUAAAAUUAAUACUAGAGGGAAGGCAUUUGGACUUACGCAAGACUAUUCCGGUAACAAUAGCGACAAUCAGAAAGCAAGAUCGCAUGAACACAAUCACUACGCCUUCUCAAUCGGAUACAAUGUCAUAUCAAGAUUUUAGAAAUGAGAGCGAUUUGCGCCAUGACGGUUCGAAUAGUUCGGACUCUAUUAACGAAAUAAGAAGUUAUACUCGGGAUGAAGAUAAUAAUCAAACUCUGCGUCCUGAAUAUUCAUACGAGAAAAAACGGCGAAAUUCAGAAGUUUCACAAAUCUCUUCUAAACCGGGGGUAACUGAGACACAGCAGAUACAGCAGUGA